AUGUCAUUGGCACCCAUUUGCUUGACAUUUGAAGCAAGAAAGAGAGAAAGUAACGUCACAGAGCAAUUACCACAACAAGCCUUCGUUUCCUUUGUAUCAUCUCCUUUUGCUUUUGCAUCGUAUUUGCUCCCCAUGUCCACCAACAAACCCAUCACUCAAUUCUCAUUUCGUUCUCAAAAGGAGUUGACAAUCUGGGAUGGCUACCCCGAGUUCAAGGCUGUCAACAACUUUGAAAAGCCUGAAACUACAGUUCGUAUGUUCCAUUAUAGCAGAUACGGCCAUGUUUACGCCUACUCCACUAAUUUAAGCGUCAAGGUCUUUGAUGCUUCUACCAUGGAGAAGCUGUGCGAAAUUGAAAGAGCCAACGUCAUUGAUUUCUGGCUUUCUCCUCAGGGCAGCUAUCUGGCUACUUGGGAGCGUCCUACCAAACUUGAGAACGGUGCUGGCAGCAACAAUCUUGUUAUUUGGGACACAAAGACUGGCCAAGAGAUUGCCGCCUUUUCUCAAAAAGCUCAAAACAACUGGAACUUUCAAUGGACUGAUGAUGAAAAGUAUUGUGCUCGUAUGGUCACUGGCGAAGUUCAGUUCUGGGAGAGCAAGAAUAUUGGCAAAUCUGUAUGGGCUAGACUUAAGUUGGAGGGUGUUGCUCAAUUCUCAUUGAGUCCCGGCAAGGCACCUGCUGUCGCUGUGUUUAUCCCUGAAAAGAACGGUGCACCUGCUAUUGUUCGCAUGUACAGUAUUCCCAACUUCAACACAGCAUUGUCCAACAAAACCUUCUACAAGGCUGACAGAAUCUCAAUGUACUGGAAUGAUUUGGGUACCAAUUUGCUGGUGUUGACCAUGACUGAUGUGGACAAGUCAAACAAAUCAUACUAUGGCGAGACCAACUUGUAUUAUCUUGCAGUGGCUGGUAACUUUGACUGUCGCGUUCCUCUUGACAAGGAAGGACCUAUUCACGAUGUCACUUGGGGUCCUGACUCCAAGGAGUUCGUCGUGGUAUACGGUUCCAUGCCUGCCAAAGCAACCUUGUUUGACCAUCGCGCUACACCUGUGUUCGACUUCGGUAUUAAUCCUCGUAAUUUUGUGAAAUACAAUCCUCAGGGACGUACUAUUUGUAUCGCUGGUUUUGGUAACUUGAACGGCACAGUCGAUCUCUGGGACAGAAAGACGUUAAAGAAAAUCAACACCUUUGCUGCCUCUAAUGCAUCUCAUUGUGAAUGGUCUCCUUGCGGUAGAUAUCUCUUGACUGCUACUUUAACGCCUCGUCUUCGUGUAGACAAUGGUUUCAAGUUGUGGCACCACUCUGGUACAUUGAUUUACGAGGAAGCUGUGGAUGAGCUUUAUCAAAUUGGAUACCGCCCUGAGCCUGCUGCUCGUUAUCCUAUGCGCAAUGUGUCUCCCCCUCCCAACCCCAUCAAAAUUCUCCCUACUGCUGGUGGUGGUGCCAAGGCAGCUGCUGUCCCUACUGGCGCUUACAGACCUCCUCAUCUUAGAGGUUCCGCCACGCCUACAUCUCUCUCUGAUAGAGCUGCUGCUUUAGAUGGUAUUGGACGUUCUCCUACUUCUCAACGUAGAGUUGUUGGUGCCAAGUCUGGUGGUAACAAUGCUAACAAGAACGGAAAGAAAGAUGCUCCUUCUCCCAAACCUCAAGCACAACAACCUGUUGUGAAUCCUGAGGAGAAGCAAAAGAAGAUUCGUAAUCUUGAAAAGAAGUUGAGACAGAUUAGAGAGCUGAAGGAAAAAAUGGCUAAGGGUGAAGAAUUAGCCCCUGCUCAACAACAAAAGGUUACCACUGAAGUGGCUGUUAUGAGAGAACUUGCCAAUCUUCAACUUUAG